UGCUUGCGGUCUCGUGGGCGCCGUCAGGCCGCUUUGGACUCGUCUGGACUGAAGCCGUUGCCCAGGUUUGUCGUCUCGGUCAUCCCCCUGAAGAAAAGGAGCUCUCGGUGCUGCAAGCUGAUUGACUAAGAACAUGGAAUAUAAUAUGGGUGCAGCUGCUUGAACAUCAUUUCUUCCAAAGCUUAUAUUCUACAGACUGGUAGCCUGAAUGAUUGAUUGAUAAGCAACAUACACACGACUAGUACCAAGAAAACAUUCUGUCUGUUGCUGCUGUGUUUAAUGAAAAUGGUGCGGAGUUGCUUCUUCUGAAAUGCAGUUGAAAAAAAUGAGGGAAAUUUUACCAAGAUUGUACCCUGGCCAAAUUAAUGAUAAAAAUAAUUCUUUAACUACAUCCCCAAAGCAAUCUGAUGAUAAAACAAAUCUGUCAAAAGGGGUGGAUGACCAAAACUGCUGUUACCAAGGAACUGAGGCUGAGAACAAUAAGUUGUCACUGAUAAGCUGUAUAAAAUGCAGAAAUGUUCAGAAAAUUUCAAUGCAAGAUAUAGAAAAGCGUAAGAAGCUUGAGUGGACUGAAGACAAAAAUUUCAUCUGCAAGAAGUGCAGUCAUAUGAAACCACCGGCUUUGGAUUUUGUUCCUGAGGGUGCCAAUGCUGCAGACUAUGAAAAACAUGAAAGAAAAACCCCAAGUAAAACCCAGAAAACAUUUAAAGUAAAAAAUUUUCUGCCAGGUAAAUACUACUGUGAUAAAUGCAGAUUUUCAACAAAGGAUCCUUUACAGUAUAAAAGGCAUGUAGGGCAACAUGAAGAAAUAAAGUUUCUUUGUUCCCACUGUAGUUAUGUAUCCUACACCAAAGGAGAAUUCCAGAGACAUUUGGUGAAACACACUGGAACCUUUCCAUAUCAGUGUGAGUACUGUGAAUACGGUGCUGUUAGACAUGACUAUAUAGUUAAACAUACAAAAAGAGUACAUGAAACACCCAGAAAACGGCUGUCAAAUACUCUCAUGAACCACAAGCAAAAGAAGCAGAGUCAAAGCACUUUAUGUAAAAAGCAGAAAUACAAUAAAAUUCCUCUCCAAGAUGAACUUUCAGCUUUGUCUUCAAAUAUGAUUUGUGAGAUUCCAGGUAAAGCAACUAAAACAGUCUGCUCAUCUCAAAAUGCGGAAUGUAGCAUAAACAUGUCAUCAGUCCAAGAUAAGACAAUAUUGGAGCCAUCUGAAAUGAGUGUAUGUGAGAAUCAGAGUGUGGAGGUUGAGGUUUAUUCUCCAAAAACAGAGCCUUUACAACCUGGGAUGCCUUUAACAGUAAUUGCACCGUCUGAACUUGUAGUUCCUUCCAACUGUUUAGCUCAGAUAGUAGAGCUUAAAAUAGUGAAUGGAGCACAACAGCUGGUUCUUAAACUAAUUCCAAUGAAAGAAACAACUUACAAACCUGUGAACUGUGCUGAAGAGGAAUUUGAGAGUCAAGGUAUAGAACAACCUGCAGAAGUGAAAAAUCCAUCUUCUGUGUGUCAAAACGAGUUACUAACUAUGGAAGUGAAUGUAAACAAAUUGUCCAGUGCUAGUAACCAGCUUAAUUUGGAUAGUACGUAUGACAAGAAUUCUGAAUGUUUUUUUUCUUCUGAUUCUCAACUCUCAGGCUAUAGCUCUGUAUCUAUACAGAGGGAAGAUACAUCAAAAUUAUGCUUUCAUUUGGUGAAAGGUAUUGAUGUUCAUUCAGGUGUUCUAGAACUUUGUUCUCCAUCUCUGGUGAUCAACAGUGCUGAGAAAAAAAGUGAUCUUAAAUCCUCAAGGGGGAAAGUAGAUGGAAAAAAUAGUGAUCUGUAUAGUUAUGAAGGAGGUGAAGAUACAUACCAUCCAAAAUGCGCUUCCAUUUCUGAAGGUAAAAGUUCCAAGAAUGUUUCAGUAGAAGCUGCUCAGGAGGGCAAAAAUUUUUCUGCUGUCCAUAAAGAAAAGGAUAAAUUGUCUGUGAAGAGGGUUGACAAAGAACUUAGGGUUCUACCAGUCAGCUCUACUGAAGCACGUUUAGCUGUAAAGGGUUUUGAUAAAAAAUCUAUUACAUCUUCUGAAGCAGGAAAAAACCUCCACGUUACUAAAACUUCACCUUUUGAGGAUAUGACUUUUGGCUUGAGCAAAGUAAAGAGGACUGAAACCAUAAGUCAAAAGAGUGGUCAUCUUCUGAAAUCACUAGAACCACAGAAGAUGGAAAAUAAAGGCAGUCCUUUUGAAGGACCUGUUAUUUCAUCUGUAUUUUCUCUUAGCUCUGGGGCUAAAAAUGUUCCAGAGGAUAUCAGAUGGGAUGACACAACAUGCAGGAAGAAAUCAGCAGCAUUGCUGUGUAGAAAGAUUGCUCAACUCAUGAAUGCUGCUGAGCCCAACAUGAAAUCUAUGCCCUUGAGAUGUCAGGCUUCUAGUAAAAAGUUGCUUUUACCUCAAGAAAGUUCAGCAGGUUGUUUCCCUGAAGUGAAGCAUCCUGCGACUGUGUCUGAAGUACAUGAUGGAAGAAGUGUGGUUAGUACUGAAGAACACAGUGAAGAUCAGCUCUUUAGAUUUGCAAGAACUUCUAAAAACAGGGUAACUAAAAAUUCCCAUGUUGCUACCCCAAUGUUUAUCCCCAAAGGGACGAUGCUGAGAGUGCUGAAUGCUACUAGUAGUCAAAACUCAUAUGGAGUAGAAAACAGGAGUGAAACAUCAGCUGCUGUGCAUGGCAAUGAAAUGUUUCUGCCUCGCCCAGUCCCCAUUAGUGUUUCUGAGACACCUAGCAGUAAGUUCCCAUGUCUGCCUAAUGAGAGUGAACCAAGUGCUGAGUCCCAAGCUAUAUCACUCAGGCAAAGACCAAAGCGAGAGGCAAGUGCUAAAACUAGCAGCAAGCAAACUGGUGUGCCCUUUCAGAAAAGCAGUGAUGUGAGCAAACAAAGCAAGCCCUAUUCAAAAGGUCAGCUAAGUCCCAAAAAUAAGGCGAAACAAGCAAGUUUCAGAGAACUUCCUAAGAGGAAAACAAGAACUCAGUUGGAAACCACCUCAAGUUCUGAUAUGUCAUACCUGUUGACAGCAAGACGUCUUCGACUUGUUCCACUGAAAAUGAAUCAGUUGAUAAAAUGCCCUCGUCGUAAUCAGCCAGUUGUGGUACUAAACCACCCUGAUGUCGAUUCACCAGAGAUAAUUAAUGUCAUGAAGACUAUUAACAAGUAUAAAGGUCAAGUCCUGAAAGUAGUUCUGUCAGAAAGGACAAGAAGUUGUCUUGGUGUCAAACGUUAUCGAAAGCGUCUUACUCUUCAGAAUGCUGAGACAGGAAACCAAGCAAAAAAGCAGAGCAUGCUAAAAAUGAAGCUAAAAAAGACCCACAAAAAUAACUACCAAGUGGUGGAAACUUCACCAGCUGAAACACUUCAGUGUCUGUUUAAGUGUUGGUUUUGUGGAAGAGUAUAUAUGGACCAAGAAGAAUGGAUAAGUCAUGGCCAGAGACACUUAAUAGAGGCAACCAAGGGCUGGGAUGUUCUUUCUCUUCAAGCAAAAAAACAUUAAGUGAGAGCCUAGGGAAGAUUUCCCCUCUUCUUGCUUUUAAUGAGUGACACUAAUUUGCUUGGAAUGGAGGGUGGAAAUAACUGCUUUAUUUUGCCAAAAGUCCUCUACUGUUAGCCAAGUGAAGAAGAGAGUAGAGGUACAAAGAGAUAGAGAAGCUGAUAGUGAGGAUGAAACGCUACUUUGCACUCUUGUGUUUGAAAUUUGUUUUGGAGGUCAGCUUCAUCUGUUCCACAGGAGAAAUUUGAAGAAGAUUUGCUAUGCAAACAUCUUUCUAGUUACCUUAGGAUACUGUGCUAUGUGGUUUG